GUCGUCGCCGUUCACCUACCCGAGUACCCCUCAAUUUAUUCGCGGGUAUUGCGGACAGGGGUCAAUGUUCCGCAACCCUCCACUCCCGAAUUUUCGCCCCGCCAAUGCCCGAUGAUAGAGCAACAGUUGAAAAUGACAACACCAAAUGUCUAAUGUUUGUUGUUGAUAUUUAUCUAUUUUUGUCCACCUAAUGCACCAUGGCAAAUGAAAUCACAGUGAAUGGGGCAUGUCGGGCGAUUAGUAGGCUCUUAAUAAUCAAGCUGCAGGGUGUCGAAGCCUCCCUAUAAAGCACAUAAAGAGCGUUACUCUCUUGAAUUCCUAUCGAACUAUCUCAGAUCAAACUCGAAGAGUCAUGAGUACCACAAUGAAAGCACUUCGACUCAUCCGCGAUGAUCCUGCAGCAGCACCAAAGUUAGUUCUCCAGGAUGUCCCAAAACCUACCUUGAUACCAAACCACCUCAUCAUCAAAGUCCACGCUUCAGCCAUUCAUCCAAGCGACCUCCUAAAUUCUAAAGGUGGCUUCCCCUAUACUACAUUUCCCCGAACUCCAGGGCGCGAUUUUUCGGGAAUCGUAGUGGAUGGCCCAUCUGAUCGAAUCGGGCAAGAAGUUUACGGUACCAGUGGAAACACAAUCGCCUUCACCCAAGACGGUUUUCAGGCCGAAUAUUGCCUCGUUCCGGAGAAUGCUGUCGCGCCGAAGCCAGCAAAUCUCUCGUUUACUCAAGCAGCUUGUGUUGGCGUUCCGUUUACGACUGCAAGUCUUGUUCUCUCACGGGCACAUGCCAGGAAAGGCGAGACGGUGUUGGUGACAGGCGCAAAUGGUGCUGUUGGUUCGGCAACCGUUCAAUUGGCGAAGUGUAUGGGUUGUAGAGUGAUAUCCGCUACUAGAAGUGACAAUGAUGACGUCAAUACUGCUACUGAUCCGGAACUCAAUGCUGUUGAUAUGAUAACGGAUGGAAAAGGUGUGGAUAUUGUUGCGGAUACUGUGGGUCAACCUACUUUGGUACAGGCUGCUGUCAAUAAACUUGCAAGAGGAGGCAGAUUGUCAUUUAUCGCAUCACCUAGAGGUGGCGCCGAUACGGGAUUGACAUUAGAUAUGUUGAGUUUCUAUCGGGGAGAAAAGUCGUUAGUAGGGUGCAAUACAUUAGCACAUGGUGUCGAGGAUCUUGCGGUUCAAUUGAAGGAAAUGACGGGUAAAUUCGAAGAUGGGUCGUUGAAGGGAGCAGAAAAAAAAUCAUGGACAGAGGUCAAGAUUGAAAAUGGUGUUGAAGCGUAUGAAAAGGCAUCGCAAACAAAGGCCGGGAAAUUUGUGAUUGUAAUGAAUUGAAGCUCCUGAAAAACUGAUCGAGACUUUUUCUUUGCUCGGAAUUGUUCCAAAAGUUUGCCACAAAUUGCUUUCGGCUUGGAAUAUUGGUACUCAGAUCUUCCAGAAUCAUCGAGUCUCACAUUCUUACAACGAGGGAUUCAAUACUGUUGCUCGAUUUUA